AUGAAAGAAUCCGAUGCUGUCAUUCUAAUACAUCUCGGAAUAAAUAUUGUCUUCGCUUUCUUUUUCUUUGGGAUUUCGGCCGUGGUAGUGAGUUGCAUCAUUAAAUGUUAUAAUACUCAUGAUGAUGAUCAUGAUCAUGACAACAACAACGAUGGUCAUGUCAGCAUCACCAUCAAGGAACGUGUCGGUAUAAAGCCUUACGUUCUACGAUCGAUCCCUAUCGUAGACUUCAAUACCAAAGACUUCAAAUACGUCCUCGAAUGCGUCGUUUGUCUCUCGGAGCUAGCCGAUGGAGACAAAGCUAGGGUUUUGCCGAGCUGUGAUCACUGGUUUCACGUUGAAUGUAUAGACUCCUGGCUGCAAUCAAACUCCACUUGUCCUAUAUGUAGAAAGAGAGUUUGUUUGAAGCAGUCAAGAACGAGACCAGAACUUGGCGGCCGCGACAAGAGUUUUAACCAAAACCACGACCAAACAUCCGAACAUCAUGAGUUUUCGACAGAUCCUCCGACGAACACAGACACGGCGAUUAUUGAAGAUGGUGGCUGCGGCGAAGCAAACGAAGGUCAACCAGAAUUAACGGCGGUGGUGAUAGACAUUCCGGCGAAAGAGAUAUAAAAUCAGGCCCAUGCUAGGCAUUAUGGGCCCAUUAUAUGAUAAUAUACUGUCCAUGUAUUAAGCUACCGUGACAUCACUAAAAAGUGAUAAAUAAAUUAUUUUUUUGGUACAAAACUUAUGAUAUACACUAAUAUACU